GAGAGAUACGUGCUAUGUGAUUAAAUUGCGCGACGAACGAGCUCACCGGUAGCAAUAAAUAAUUUAACAAAUUCAUACGGUCUCUUGUGGUUAAUAUAUGCCGAUCGAUCGAUCGGUUCGUUUUUGGUCUACACGUUCAUGUGAGUAUCUAAUACAAUGGAAACAACAGAAAAUUGGGAUGAUAAUAAUGAGAUAUUUAUAAUUGACAAUGAAAGAAAAAAAAAAGAAAAUAUCGAAGAUAAACAAGUUAUAGCAGGUUUUGCUACGUUCGAUGAUUAUCUUAAGGAAGUGUUUGAUGCUAUUAGAGAAGGAAUCAAAGCAGCAAAUAAUUUACCCACUGGAGAGAAUUUUAAUUACUAUGAAUGUUUCCCAAGUUUUAAUAAAGCAAGAAAGGGAGAUUCGGAGAGGCUAUUAAAAAUGAUGCAAAAAAUAAUUAAACUAUCAGGAGUGAGCGGUAAUAUAGAAAGACGCGAUAUAGAAGAGAAGUUUGAACUUUUAUUGGAAGCAAAUGAUGUGUUUCUAGAUAAGGCAGGUUUAUGUAUGGAUGAAGAAUGUGGUAUUUUAAAAAAUCCUGAAAUAGAAUUAGUUGUAUCACAAACUAAGAAGGAUGUUACUGGUAGUUGGAAUCUAACAUCAUCUACAAACAGCAAACGAUUAUUGGACAAGUCUAAAACUGCACAAGCAGUGCGUCUCUUGACUGCACGAAAUAUACAAAGACCGCAAUUAACUUUCAAGGAUAAAAUUGAUAACAGUUUAAAACCUUGGCAACCUAAAAUUAAAGAUAAGCCAAAUUCUUUAAAACCAUUGGCUAUUUAUUUAGAAGAAACUGAAGAUGGAGAAGUAUUUUGUCAUCCUUAUGAAUUUGAAUUGAAUAAGUUUCAACCUCCAGAAAAUCAAUUACAAAAAGAAGAACCUGUUAAAUAUAAAGAAUUACAUGAAACUCCAUUAAUAAUGAUAAACAAACCAGAAGAUAUCAAAAUUUUAUUAAAUGAUUUAAAAAGAUAUCAAGAGAUUGCUGUGGAUUUGGAACAUCAUUCUUAUAGAAGUUUUCAAGGUAUAACUUGUUUGAUGCAAAUAUCAACCGGUGAUACUGACUACAUAAUUGAUACAUUAACAUUAAGAUCAGAAUUACAUGAGCUGAAUGAGAUUUUUACGAAAUCUACUAUUCUAAAAGUAUUCCAUGGAGCAGAAUUUGAUAUUCAAUGGCUUCAAAGAGAUCUAUCUAUAUAUGUAGUAAACAUGUUUGAUACUCAUCAAGCUGCUAAGCAACUAAAUUUACCAUAUUUAAGUUUAGCUUAUCUUUUGAAACGAUUUUGUAACAUAGAUCCAAACAAACAUUUUCAACUAGCUGAUUGGCGUAUAAGACCUUUACCUGAUGAACUUUUAAAAUAUGCAAGAGAAGAUACACAUUAUUUAUUGCAUAUUAAAGAUAUUUUAAGAAAUGCAUUAAUUGAUUCUUCAAAUGGAAAGACUAACAUUUUAAAAGCUGUAUAUGAUAGAAGUACAGAGAUAUGUAAAUUAACUUAUAUAAAGCCAAUAUGGACCGAAGAAAGUUAUAUGGAUAUGUAUAGGAAAAGUCAAAAAUUAUUUAAUAAUAAACAAAUUUAUGCUUUGAAAGAAUUACAUAAAUGGAGAGACAUGACAGCUAGAGAAGAAGACGAUAGCACUGGUUAUGUUUUACCAAAUCAUAUGCUCUUAAACAUAGCCGAGACAUUACCACGUGAAAUGCAAGGUAUUUUAGCUUGCUGUAAUCCAAUUCCACCAUUGCUUCGUCAGAAUCUAUUAAAACUUCAUAAGAUCAUACUUAAAGCACGAGAUCAAUCUUUAAUAAAACCAGUAAAAGAAAAUGAUAUUAGACAACGAUUUGUUCGAGAAAACCAUGCAAUAAACUCAGAAGCUUGGGCUUAUUCUCCUCAUGACAUACCAAGUGGUACAGAAGUUAGAGCUGAUUUGCCUUGUCUGUUAGAUGAAUCAAAUCAAUUAGAAAUAGAAGAAAUACCAAAUUGCAAUAUUAAUGUAAAACAUAAUAUUACAGUAUUUGAUAGCCCAAAUUCAUCUGAGGGUGAACAAUCAACUUCUAAUGAAAUGGAACACAAUAGAAAGAAAAAAUUCAUAUUUAUUAGUCCCUUUGAAAGAUACAAACGUGUAAUGCCUAUGAUAGCUGAACAAGAAAAACAAGAUAGGCAAAAACAAGAUGAAGAAGAAGAAGAAAGAUUAAAUAAAUUGAAAAUCAAAGAUGCAUCUUCAUCUAUAUUCAAGACUGGUCAGAAAUCUCUUUCUGAUCAAACUACAUCGGAUCAAAGUUCAAGUCUUAAAAAAAACCAAAACUUCUCUAUUCCACUAAAACAAAUGCCUGGAAGAAAAAGAAAACGAGAUUCAUCUGUGAGAGAUUCAUCAGAUGAAAGGUCUGAUAGUAAUUUGUCUACACCAAUUCCAUCUUUGAACAAAAAGAUAAUGCAAGGUGUAAACAAAGAAUUACUUAUGACCGAAGAUACAACGAAUGAACAGAAUAAACAAUUAACUGUACAAACCGUUUCAUAUGAUCAAAAUUUAACUGUUAAACCUUUAAGGGAACGUAAAAAAGGAGAGAAAAAAGCAAAUGCAAAAGAAUUAAGACAAAAAGGAAUGCUUCCUGUAGAAACAUUUGAUUAUAAAUCUGUUGACUUUAAUAACACUUUCCAAGGUGGUAGUAUCACUAAUGAUGGAGCAAGUCAAGCAAACUUUAUGCAACCAAAAGAAUGUAAGAAAAGAAAUAAAAAACGAAAGAAAAAGAAUCAAAAUCUGACUAUAUAAAUAUACAUUUUUUUUUUUAAUUUUUUUGUCUAAAGAUAUAUAAUUAUAUAGAAAAAUAACAAACCAUUUGUACAUAUAUGAUAUCUAAC